AUGACCAUCCUCCAGAGGAACGGCAUUCCCGGCCCUAAGCCGAACCUGAUCACCGGCAGUCUUUUUGAUCACUCUCGAACGCCCAACGUGCUGAAGUACGACGAGUACUUUGCCAAGUACGGCCCCAUCGUCGGCUACUACAUCGGCCGGAAGGCGAACGUGCUGAUCAACGACGUCGAGCUGGCGAAGCGCAUUCAGAUCAAGGACUUUAGCAACUUCAGCGACCGCCAGACGCUGGGCAUCAAGUACGGCCUUCAUCCUAAUCCGAAGUACUACCUCCACCUGAUCAGCGCCCAGGGGGCCCAGUGGAAGGAGCUUCGAACGCUGCUCAAUCCUACCUUCAGCGCCGUUAAGCUGAAGGCGAUGACGCCCAUCAUGGACAGCUGCAUCGACAUUCUGCUGGACAAGGUGGAGAAGCGGGCUGCUUCAGGAGGUGAAUUCGACCUGUACGAGGCCUUUCAGCUGCUGACCACCGAUGUCAUCGCCAAGUGCGCCCUGGGCAUCGACACUGACGUGCAGAACAACCCCGAUGAUGAGUUCUUUCGGGCGGCGAAGCGGCUCUUUGACACGCACCCCUCUCGCUUUAGGCUGAUGUUCACCUGUUUUCCCGAGCUGGAUCGGGUGCUCUAUCCGCUGCGACGGGGGCUGCAGAUGAUCGAGGAGUGGCGAGAUCGGUCGGUGUCGCAGACGCUCGCUCGGCUGAUCAAUGCGGCCAUUCGCCUGCGAUCGGCCAGUUCAGUGCUGGGCAGUGCUGGCAAAAAGAAGAAGAACGACCUGCUGCAGCUGAUGCUCGAUGCAAAGUCCUCCGAGGAGGAGAUCGCCAACACCAGCGCCGCCACGCUGACCAUUGAUGAGAACAGCGACAGUGAGGAAAAGGACGGUGAGGAGGGUAAACCUACCAGGGCGGAGAAAAGCCUUCGAAAUGGCGGCAGCACCGCUAAUGGUCACAACAACAGUCACAGCAAGCAGAAGGCGCUGAGCAAGGACAUUGUCGUGGCGACGGCCAUCGUCUUCUACGAGGCAGGAUACGAGACCACAAGCACAACACUGGGCUUCCUGGCGCACAUUUUAGUGACCCACCAGGAGAUCCAGGAGAAGAUCCGCGAGGAGGUGGUGCAGAUGUACGAGAAAGAGGGCGUCUUUGACUACAACACGGUGAACCGCCUGCCGUACAUGAACCAGGUGAUCAGCGAGACGCUGCGCUACUACCCGCCGGUGACCACCUUUGUGACUCGCACCACCAAGGAGGACUACCACUACAAGGACAUCGUCAUUCCCGCCAACUCCACGGUGCGCAUUCCCAUCAAUCAGCUGCACCACCGAGAGGACCUCUGGCCGGAGCACAUGAAGUUCGAUCCGGAGCGAUUCCGCGACCGCUCGGUCAUCGACCCCGUCGCCUAUCAGCCUUUUGGCACAGGCAUCGGAAUGCGAUUCGCCCAACUGGAGAUCAAGCUGACGAUAGCACGACUGCUCCACAAGUACCGUCUCUUGCCGGGCCCAAGCACCGAGAAGGAGCUGACCGUGGAGUACAAGCCGAUUACGCAGACGCCCAAAAAUGGUGUUUGGGUGCGGGCGGUGCCGGUGUAA